AUGGCGAAAUCGUUCUUUACGAGAAUCUUUCGACCGCCUUGGUCCAACACGACUUCACAAGGGUCACAAUUUCUCAGCAACGAAAAUCCUGAGAAUGCGUAUGACUUAAUUGAACCAUGGAUCAAGACCGACUUGGAUAUACCUAUAGAUGCAACCAACCGCGAUAGAUGGCCCAGCCUCAUCUUGCAGGCCCGAAGGCAUAUGAGAUGCCACCCCUAUCAUCCAAAACGCCUGCCCAAAGGCUAUCGCCCUUUCCAAAUGAUCGUGGACUCUCCAGAAGACGAAGACGAGAGGUCAAAGAAGGAAGUCGAUAUAUCCGAACCGCCUACGUUCUUUCUAUUCACGGACCUACCAAAAGAGCUUAGAGACAAGAUCUUGCUCUCGUCACAGACUCCGAUCAUCAUGGAGGGUUUCGCAGUGAUGGACGAGGAAUGGAGAGGGGGCCCGCAAGUACAUUUCCGCUCGUACAGGUCCUGGGCUCGAAUACCUCUCUAUGCCGUGAGCCGCGAGACGAGAGCGCUGGCCAUCACCUUCUUCGGCAAACCGGAUCCGCUCUCUGUACCGUUCAACCCGUCUCAAGACGCCAUUUUCUUGGACUGGGAUGAUUCCAAGCAGGCUGAGCGUCGCUGGACGGGCAACCACAGAAACCCAGGGCCCGUACUGAUGACUCCCCGAUGGAACGCAGCCGAGGAGUGGGCUAUGCCGAGGGAACUGUGUGAUAGAAUCUGCCACAUCAAGGUUGACGCGCGCCACGCCUCUUCCGAGAAUGCAGACAAGGGAGACAAGGUGCCUUGGCGGCUUGUUUUUGGGCUGCUCAAAGAGCACUUCCCUAACAUUACGAUGUUGGAGGUGAAGCUAUCGGACUUGGACGAUAAGAGGUUCGAGGGAACGUACGAUCCGGUCGUUCAGGAGCUUUAUAGGAUUGAUCAGCUGGAUCUUUUGGACGAGCUGGAAGAAAUGUCUAGGGAUGGGCGGGUGCCGUUCCAGAGCUUAAGGCGCUUUAUCAUCACACCGGAACUCCCGACUCCUCUCCAGGCUGAGAGAGAGAUUCUCAAGUUUCGAAAGGUGGGGGGCAGCCAUUUCAAAGUCUUUAGACAGGGUCAAAUUCCCAAGGUUGGAUAG